UUAAAAACAGGGAUCGUGACAGUCUGAGAGAAGCUUUCAGUUCGUCACAAAUUUGACUGUUUCUACAAGUCCCCCUGAAGACGAGGAGGCAGAAAAAUUAUCCUUUGAUAAUGUCGAGCUCUCUGGUGGUGUGUGAAGUGGAUGAAAGUCUGAAAGCUAAACUGAGCAAGUUUAGAUUUCGAAAGGAGACCAACAAUGCUGCCAUCCUUAUGAAAAUAGACAUGGAGAAACAGCUUGUUAUCCUUGAAGAGGAAUAUGAGGACAUCUCACUGGAUGAGCUGAGAGAUGAACUUCCAGAGCGGCAACCCAGAUUCAUUGUCUACAGCUACAAAUAUGUCCAUGCUGAUGGAAGGGUGUCUUACCCGCUGUGUUUCAUAUUCUCCAGUCCAAUGGGAUGUAAGCCAGAGCAACAGAUGAUGUAUGCAGGCAGCAAAAAUCAACUGGUCCAAGCUGCAGAGCUCACAAAGGUCUUUGAAACAAGAAAUGCUGAUGACUUGACAGAAGAAUGGCUGAAGAACCAGCUGUCAUUUUUCCGUUAAAUAUGCAUCUUCAAUACCACAGACUUUUUCUGUGUGAAACAUGAUCGUGGAAUUUAAUUUUCCAAUUGCUGUCCAUGUUAUUCCUAUUAAAUGUACUAUUUGAAAGGAAGUUUUGAUUUGUAAGUUUUGCAGUAAUUAAUCAUUUUAGUUGUGGGCAAUUCUC